AUCAGGUACCGUGGGAUUAACGACCCUCUGUUAGUAUCAUUAUCGUGGGGCCCUUCUUCCUAUGCAAAGGUUUGGCAUUCAUAUGUGAUAAACGGUUAUACGUAUCACACAGUUGAAUAUGGAGAAGGUCGACCAACAAUGAACAGCGGGUUAUGUGUCCCGACCAUCGGUUCUGAUAACUCGGAAACCAAUUUUUUUGGUUUCUUGCAUGAGAUUCUCGAACUUCAAAUGCCUUCUGGUUUGCAAGAAUUAACAUGCGUGUUGUUUCGCUGCACAUGGGUCGACCCUACACGUGGUGUGAGAAAAAAAUUCAAAGUAUAAUAUAAUUGACGUCAACCACUCUCGUGUGUAUCAGAAAAAUGAGCCAUUUAUACUCGCUCAACAAGCAGCCCAGGUUUAUUAUGCAGAGUAUCCUUCAACGAGGCGCACACGGAAUCCUUGGGUGUG